CUGCUAACUAGCAAUUGAUCGUUUAUUACAUUCGAAUUUUGGGAACUGACCAACAAAAGACAUCGAUGAUGGCAUCCCAGAACGGUGAGGCUUAUAUUCUUCCGGCGCAAAAAGCUAAAACCCUCGCGAACUAUCCCCACGCUCGGGUGAUACAUCAAUCAGCCAAAACUAUUUUCGUUUCUGGUACCUCGUCACGCCGUGGCGACGGAACAUUCGCGGGUUGCACCACAGGCGCUGAUGGAACGCACCAUCUCGACAUUUGCCUCCAGACGGAAGCCGUGCUGCAAAAUAUCGGAGUCAUCAUUGACGGGGCAACAAACGGCGCAUGUGGACUACAGAAUGUGAUCAACGCCACUGUUUUUUUGACCGACAUGAAAGAUUAUGAUAGGAUGAACAAGGAGUGGAAUAAAGUGUGGCCAGAUAAGGCCAAGGCGCCUGCGAGAACCUGUAUACAGGUUGCGGCCUUGCCGAAUGAAAGGUUAAACGUCGAAAUCCAGUGCACUGUUCUGUGGGCAGACUAGCCUGUUAGCUUUAAGUAGGGAAGAGGUUUUAAUAUGCGGUACUAUCGGCGGGUUGGAACUGUG